GCUAGCUAACAGGUCUCUGUAAUCAGCUGAGCUAGCUCUGUGAAUGAGAAUUAAAGCUGUGUGUUUACAGCCUGUAAGAUAAAGAUGGUCGAGUCCCAUUUCCACGUUCAGCUGACAGCUGUGCUGGAUGUGCUCAUGAAAACAGCGGUGUCAGACAUCUGUGCUCUGGCGGAGAGCUGGUUUAAAUCCCUGCACAUGGAAAUAGAGAAAAGUAAAAAGGAGAACGAAGAUUUAAGACAAAAGCUGCAGAGCAUGGAGCAGCAAAAACACCAAGCUGCAGCUCAAACAGCUGAGGUGGAGAUUAAAGCGGCCAAAGAGGAGAAAGAGGACGCUGGGAGUGAAGUGAGAGAGACAGACGAUUCUGGCUGCACAGUGUUUGCAGGAACCUCUACAGAAGAUCUAUCUGCCAGUGCACACCUAUGGCUGCCGCCGCCUUCUGAGGAAGAGAAGAACAGAAAAUUUUCAGCAUCUGAAUCUGCAGGCAAAAGAACACACUCGAGAUGGAACUGGACCCCAGUAGGCACAAAAGCAGAAAUGAUGGACAGAUCUGUUCGAGAAAGAGUAAAGCAAAACCUAGAUGAUCCAGAAAUAAAUAGUCCACAUUAUGCGCUCAGUAGUGAACUGGAUACCGAAUCGGAGAAAUCUCAACCUUCUCUCCAAACGUCAGAGUGCAGCAUCGAGCUUGGCUCACCCUAUGAAAAUGAGAGUGAAGAGUGUGUGGUGCUGGAUGAAGUGUGUGAGGCUGGGAGUCCUCACCACAGAAGAGAAGAGGAGCAGUUUGAUGUCUCCUGCUUAUGGACACCAGAGCUGGAGCCAAAUUCCCCUCAUCUGCUUAGAGAAAAUCAAUCAGCCUUCACAAAUGCAGACUGUAGAACGGCUUUGGAUUUGGGCAAAGAUUUCAGUUUGGCAGUGGCAGCCCAAAACAAACAUUUGGGUUUUUCUAAAACAAGCUCGGUUUCUUUAGCGUGUGAGAAAGGGAGCACGUUUACUUGUAAUAUCUGUGGGAAAAAUCUUUCAACAAAGAACUCACUUGCUUCCCACUACAGAGUGCACACUGGAGAGAAGCCGUUCAUGUGUGCUCAGUGUGGAAAGGGUUUUGCCAAGAAAUUUAACCUCGAUAUCCACUACAACAUCCACACUGGUGCAAAACCUUACAUGUGCACGCUCUGCCCCAAAUCAUUUGCUGAUCCAAGUGCUUUUAGACGACACGAGUGGAUACACACACGCAAAUCACAACAAAACUGUAACUCUAAAUACAAAUUCAGGUGUAACACACGUGGGAAAGGUUUUCUAUCGAAACCAUCACUUGCUGCACAUUCGCAGCUGCACACUGCAGAGAAGCGACACAGUGCACAAAAGCAUUUAUUCUAACGCUAAAGACUUUUUUUUUAAAAAGCAAAACAAACAUUUACUUAGAAUGUGUGUGACACAAAACAAACAUGAGUCGAUAUUGUAAAAGUACACAACCUGUGUGUUCAUAAGUCUCUACUCUAAUUUUACAGAUUAAAUCUGCAUUCAUUUAUCUUGUAUGCAUUUUGGAAAGGGAUUUCCUGGAGUUUUCUUUAUACCUGUGUAUAUAAACUUGGCAGUUACUGAUACAUGAAUAUUGGACAUGAGAUGCUCUUAUUAUACGUACAGGACACUUUUUCGAUGGAAUAAAAACGUAUUCUAUUCCCUUCUAGCAGGUUUCAUUCAUUUGGUUUG